AUGGAAAUUGUCCGAAGCUUAGAAGACGUCCGAAAUUCAAUUGAAGGAGUAUCUUCCAUUUUCAUCGCCGACAAGGAUGGCGCUGUCGUUUGUUCCGUAGGUUUUUCGACAUAAUUGAAUAAAAAAGACGGAAAGUUAUAUUUGAAGGAGAUGAACUCCGGCAAAGGUCCGCCAUCAUUCAGAGCCACAGAAAUGUAGUCGAACAAGCUUCGCGACUUCAAAUGGGUUCGUUUUUCGAUUUCGAAGCAGAUUUUUGGAGUAUUCGUUGUAAAAGAAAAUCUCAAACUCAUUUCUUAAGAAAGUUACUUUUUGUUUGGGUUUCAAAUUAAUUGGCGAAAAAUGAAUCAUUGAGGUGGACACAAGGCUUCCAUGUUUUUCUUCGAUCCCACGCAACUUAUCAUCCUCUCUUUCCCGUCAUUUUGCGCUUUCUUCCUCGCUUCCCAUCAGGUGAAGUGAUCUAAUGAUUUUAUUGACGGGAAGAUUUUUUUUUUUCCAGACGAACACUGGCCAAAUACUUCACUCCAGAAGGCAAUUAGAGCCUAUAAUCUCUGAAAUUCGUGCCGUUAUAGCCACCGAAACGCCGAUUUGUGAGUUAAUGAGCUAUUGAGAGAGAUUUACAUCGAUCAAAGUGAAAGUUCCAGUCUUGGAUCCGAAAAUAUUACUUUGGAGAAAACAUAAAUUGAAGAAAAUUUUUUUUCAUUCAAUUUUUAAAACUCUUGUUUUUAAAUUAAUUUUUUUGUUUUUUUGUUUUAAUUCGAGCACUAGGCGAUUCAGCUCAUAAGCCAUAUGUGAAUUUCAGAAAAAAAUUAAAAAGACUCUAAAAAAAGCCAUUUUUAAAAUUUCUCUCCUUUAUAAGAUCUCCUGUCAAUAAAUUUUCGAAUAUAAUGUCUUAAAGCAGGUUUUUAGGAAUUUCAAUUUUUUUAGAAAAAAACAAAUUUUUUUAACUGAUUUCAUUCGAUUCGUGCUCAUUUUUUUAUUUUUUUCCUAUCUAAAAAAAUAAAAAAAUAAAAAAAUAAAAAAACAAUUUCCCGAUUCUGAUACCGAAAUGGUUUUUACUUUUUUUCCAGCGUUGGACUACGACUAA